AUGGGGAUAGAGGAUGAUCUGGUAGUUGAUGCAGUGGGCUUCUCUGGCGGAAUUUGGUUACUAUGGAACUCUUCCUACAUUUCGAUCGAAGAGAAGGAUAGAUCAUCUCAACACUUGCACGUAUCGGUGGAACAAGGGACGACCAAGUGGAUGUUCACAGCUGUCUACGGCAACCCGGCUCUUAUCCAGCGUCGGGGACUAUGGACUUCUAUGAGGGACAUCGCGGAGGAUAUCGCUGGACCAUGGCUGGUGGCGGGGGACUUUAACUCGAUCCUCUGUGCUGCUGAGAAAUUGGGUGGAGCGCCCUUUGAUGCUAGUAGGGUUCGAGACUUUCAAGAUUGUGUCCUUGAUACAGGGCUGAUUGACAUGGGAUUUUCAGGGCCGCCCUUUACGUGGUUCCAUGCAGGGAAAAAAGAGAGGUUGGAUCGAGGGAUGGCGAAUGCUACUUGGCACUCCGCCUUCCCAGAGAGCUCAGUUCAACAUCUUCCGAAAAUCAAGUCGGAUCACCGACCCCUCCUUAUUCAUACGAAUGCAUCCUACCAGCCUGCUGGGCCGAAACCCUAUCGCUUUCUAGCAGCCUGGCUGAUGCAUGAAGACUUUAAGGGGAUGGCGGAACAGGCCUGGUCCCAAGGGACAUAUUUGAAAAGCUCGAUUGAGGCUUUUACGACAGCAACAAAAGCAUGGAAUCAUCACACGUUUGGACAUGUUAUUAGAAGAAAGAAUUCCCUGCUGGCUAAGAUCGAACGCUUGGAGAUGGCGGGAGGUGGGGACUCUGAUACUCCGCGGCUUAAACAAUACCGCCAAGAGCUUGAAGAUACCCUCCUACAAGAAGCAAUUCUGUGGUGUCAAAAGUCGAGACUAGACUGA